GAGAAAAAAUUGGCCGAUAUGCCGAAAGCAAGUGAGGGAUAUGGUGGGAAAUUCGGUGUUCAGAAGGAUCGAAUGGAUAAAGUGAGUGCUUUAAUGCAGUCUAGUUUGUGUAAAAUCCAUUGA